AUGGCAGGGAAACAAGUAGUUGUUCGCCAAGUUUGGGCAAGCAACCUAAAGUCCGAGUUUUUCCAUAUCCAGAAAGUAAUUCGUCAAUACCCUUUUGUUUCUAUGGACACUGAAUUCCCUGGCACCAUCUUCCAGUCAACUCUCAACAAGCAUCUUCUCUGCUAUGCUCCAGAUUAUACCUACUAUCUCAUGAAGCUCAAUGUUGAUAUGCUUAAAAUUAUACAGCUUGGUCUCACCUUUUCAGAUUUAGAAGGAAAUCUUCCCACUCUUGGAACUGAAUACUGCUACUGUUGGCAGUUCAACUUUAGGGAUUUCGAUCUUCAGAGUGAUCCCCAUAAUGUUGAGUCCAUUCGCUUACUUGAAAAACAAGGAACUAAUUUCAAGAUGCAUAGAGAAAAGGGUAUUGAUUCUAGGGAUUUUGCCAAGUUGGUUCUUAGUUCUGGCCUUAUUUUCAACUAUUCCUUCACUUGGAUUACUUUCCAUGGUGCUUAUGAUUUGGCUUUCUUCAUUAAGAUUUUAACACAACAAGAGUUGCCCCGUGAUCUUCAAUCUUUUAUGGGGCUAAUGAAGUUCUACUUGGGAGUUGCAGUUUAUGACAUUAAAUAUAUAACUUCUGUUCAUGGCUUGCACGGUGGAUUGGAAAGGGUAUCUAAGUUACUGGGUGUUAACCGAAUUGCUGGAAAUAGUCACCAAGCUGGACCUGACAGCUUGUUAACUCUACAAACUCUUAUUGAAUUCAAGAACAUUCAUCGCAAAAAAUUGAAUGAGAAUUUCAGUGGCUUUGAGGGAAUGUUAUCUGGACUCUGUGGUGGAGAACGGCUGCUCUACAAACCUGACUUCAUGGAUCCUUUCAAUUGGCAGAGAAAGAAUGUCAUGUGCAGUACCUGA